AUGAAACAGUCCUUCCCGGGCGCCCCCAAAUUCACGGACAAGGAUGUCCCAGAUUUGACGGGAAAGACUGUCAUUGUCACUGGCUCCAACACUGGUCUGGGCAAGGUUAUGGCCCAGGUCCUUUACUCCAAGAAUGCCAAGGUCUACAUGAUGGCACGAUCUGAGGAAAAGACCAAGACCGCCAUUGACAGCAUCAAGUCAACGGUCACCAAGUCUGCUGGCGAACUUAUCUACCUGAAGCUUGAUCUUUCCGAUAUCCCAAGCGCCAAGGCCUCAGCUGAGGAGUUUCUGCGCCGCGAGAAGAACCUCCACUUGCUGUUCAACAAUGCCGGUGUUGGAUACCCCGAGCCUGGCAGCAAGACCAGCCAAGGCUAUGAGCUCCAGCUGGGUGUCAACUGCCUUGGAACAUUCACCUUCACCAAGACUCUGACUCCUGCCCUCGUCGAGACCGCCAAGACAGCACCAAGAGACUCCGUUCGCGUCAUCUGGGUUUCCUCUUCAGCCGCCGAGGCCAUUGCUCCCAAGAACUACGUUGAGAACCUCUCCAAGAUUGAGAAGAUGGGUGCUUUCGAGCAGUACUGCGUCAGCAAGCUCGGAAACUACUGGCACGCUACUGAGUUCGCUGCUCGCUACAAGGCUGCUGGUGUUGUCUCCAUCCCUCUGAACCCCGGCAACCUCGACUCCGACUUCUGGCGUACUCAGGGCAAAUUGAUGACUUGCAUCCUGCGAAAGACCCUCCUGUAUCCUCCCAUCUACGGUGCUUACACCAACCUCUUCGCUGCCUUCUCUCCUGAAGUCACCCUUGAGAAGUCAGGCUCUUUUGUCGCCCCGUGGGGUCAGUUCUGGAACGUCUCCAAGGAGAUGAUUGCGGGCUCCAUUCCCAAGUCUGAAGGAGGCACUGGCAUUGCCGCCAGCUUCUGGGACUGGACUGAAGCUCAGAUCAAGCCUUACAUCUAG